AUGAAAAGCGGUCUUAGAUACACCGAGUUAACACGUGACUAUGUGGUUGUCAAUGCAUGUAGGAUCAUUAGCAAAAACAGGGCGGUUGGGGUGAAAAUCUCAACCCGACCAGAGCUCACAGAAUCUCACAACUAUCGUAGCACUAGCUCAUCCACUCAGACGGACGGAAAAUGCAAACGACAUUUCUGUCGCGUUUGCCGGUGUGAAAGCACGCCUUUGCGACCGUUGUUCUACCCAUGUAUGUGCACUGGCAGUAUCAAAUAUAUCCAUCAAGAUUGUCUCGUCCGAUGGCUACAAUACAGCAAACGCCACACCUGUGAGUUAUGCAACCAUCGGUUCAAGUUCGCUCCGAUCUACGCCUCCGGAACACCACGUUUUGUGCCGCCGCGUGUGCUUUUGGUCGGUCUCAUAAACAGUGUACGUCGGUCGGUCAUUGGAUGGUUACACUUACUGCUGGUCUGCGUUGCCUGGCUAGUCGUUGUCCCGCUGACGGCCUGCCGGAUCUAUCGAUGUCUUUUCACCGGCAGUGUUUCUUCUCUGCUUGCCCUCCCCCUUAAUAUGUUGUCCACACAGCAUUUGCUUUGGGAUUGUCUACAGGGUCUCGCCAUCGUUAUUUUGGCUCUGGCAGCCUUUCUUGGAUAUAUUUCGUUACGUGAACAACUGCUACAAGGUGGCGCUCCAGCAUGGCUUGAACAAACGUUAGCUGGUGAAAACGGUGCCGCCGAAGGGAACGAGAGGCGUCAGUUCUUUCCGGACUUACUGAACUUGUUCGGUGCAGCGAACGGUGUAGGUUUCGCGGUUGAUGAACUGCCUGAUGAGCCAGUGGAGCCAGCCAAUGCGCCAGACAUCAGUGAGAACCAAACCAACAACACGUCAUCAGACGAUUCUCCUCGACCGAGUUCAUCUACUUCCUUGGCGACAGAGACCUCACAGGAUACCAGACCAACAGAAAUGUCUAAUCCGAACCAAACUGCUCCUGCAUUGCCCAUGCAGCCCCAGAGUUCGGGUUGGACAGCCACUGGCUUCAGUGAGGAUGAGGGUGAUGCAGAAGCGGAUGAAGAUGUUAACGAUGAGGCAGAAGGCGAUGCGGCUGCAGAUGGUGCGGCGGAUGAAGCCGCUCUUGGAGAAGCAAUGAACUGGGACCGUUUGUUGGGAUUGGAUGGAUCUCUGGCUUUUCUCGAGCACGUACUCUGGUUGAUCGCCUUGAACACACUGUUUGUGGUGAUUUUCGCUUUUUGCCCUUAUCAUGUGGGUCAGUUCACUGUGCUCGGAUUCAAGCUGGACAAUCUGAUUGCUGCAACUCACAUGGAGGGCCUGAGUACCAGUCUUGUGGGCUACUUGAUCAUCGCUGGCUUCCUCAUUUCGCUCCACUGUGUGCUCAAACUGUUCGGUUUACAAAGACCCAGCUAUUGGUUCGGACUGGGCUAUGUCUACCUGAAGGUUGCCUUGAUAUCCCUAUUCGAAGUCGGCAUAUUUCCAAUCCUAUGUGGCUUCUGGAUCGAUGCGUGCACUCUGUCUCUCUUCAAUGCCAGUCUGGCGAAUCGUGUCAGUGUGUUCCACUAUGCUCCGGUGGCCUUCACCUUCAUUCAUUGGGCUGUUGGUAUGCUGUACGUAUUCUACAUGGCCUCGUUACUCCUGCUUACCCGGAGUGUUGUGAGACCCGGUGUUUUGCGGUUCGUGCGUCUGUUCAACGAUGCCGACUACAAACCGAUUCAUGACAUGAUCAUGCAACCUCUACAUAUCUAUACCCAACGCCUGAUUGCAACAUUCUCCAUCUGGGGGAUUCUUAUCGUGUUCAUGCUUUGGGUGCCCAUUGAAGCUGUUCGACGUGUGCUUCCAGGAUUUUUACCGUUUCAACUCGCAGUGGCGCAUGAAAACCCACUGGACUAUUCGGUGGAGAUCAUACUUGUGCAAGUAGUUCUUCCAUUUCUACUGGAUGUACAAGCCAAAGCUGCCGUACGGCAAUUCCUACGCCUUUGGUGUAUUUGCGUGGGCAUCAUACUGGGCAUGCGUAGCUAUCUGGUUGGAGAUGUUCCUUUUAAGCCCGGAGACUGGAUCGUCAAUGAAGAUGGUUCCGAAACUCCUUUUAGUUCUUCGGGUUCUCCAUCCGGAAGCGGACAAUCAGCAAGUUCCCAGUCCAAUGCCCAUCAGAGUUCCUCCCCUCUUGCAACUCGAGGUACCCCGGUCCCCGCUGCUGAAGACCCGAUGCAUGGUCAGCCUGAACCUGAGCCAGAGCCAGCUGGUCCACAGGCCCCGGACGAUCGGGAUGACAUGGGUGAUGCCUUCCCUCGUUACGUGCCGUACAAGCGACCUAGACUGUUUCGUCUACGCCUUGUGGCUCUCUGCUUCUUUGUGAUAUUCAGUCUGAUGUUACUGAGCUCAGCCUUGCUUAUUGUCCCGGUUGCAAUAGGCCGUCUCACAUUCGCCUUGUUCAAUACUCGCACCAAUCCACGGCAUGAUGCUGUUGCUCUGGUUACCGGGGUCACCGUCCUUGGACUUUUGUUUCGGUUGUCACUUUGCCUCCCGGUAUUCCUGACUGCAUUGCGUCGUUCGUUCUGUAUCCUGGCCGCCCGACUGAGCCGACUGUUCUGCUGGUCCAGGCCGCUGAGAGUUUUGAGAAUCUGGACUCGUUCUGGGACAACUUGUGAGAUUGCAAUACCUCGCCCUGCAUUACCGCCACCCAUGAGCAGUCUACGUAACACAAAUAAUCGAGGAGAGGAAGGGGAGGAGCCGGUAGCCCUCAAACUGAUACACUCUUUGAUACUUUUGUUUGGUUUGGUGCAAAUGGUCGGCAUUGCCGUCCUCUUCUUGGUCAUCUUGCCCGUGUGUCUCGGUUUGCUAAUCAAUCUGACGUUUAUCGCUCCUUUCCAAGUCGGACCACGAAAAACGCUGUACAUUGGAUUUUGGGAACACUGGAUUUUCGGAAUCAUGCAUCUGAAGGUGGGAAUUCUGCUAACACUGGUUGGUCCAACGUGGUGGUUGCGUCGACGUUUGGAAGCAUGUCAAAACGAGUUGCUUCAAAAUCGAUAUCGCGCGCGCGCUUUCCGUUUACUAUCCGAACUCGCUCCCUUACUCGUUUGCGUGGGAUUGGGUCUGACCGUUCCGUACCUACUAGCCCAUUACACGGCACACAGAAUAGGUUUGGAAAUGGAGUUCACACUUCGCUUCAUCUAUCCGGCGCUUUUCGCUCUGAUAGUUCUUGUGGUGCUGGGCCUAUUGGAAACUCGACAUUUACAAACACUGUAUACGCGCAUUAAGGAUGAAAAGUACCUCGUGGGUCGUCGCUUGGUGAAUUUCGGGUCAACAGCUCCUGCUGACAAACCAAUUGCAGCAAUAGAACGGCAGUAGUCAUCACUGCUUGGAUGUCAAAGGUCUCUUCCGUGUUAGAUGCACACACACAUUUUGUACAUAGCACACACGGUUUGUCUGCUUACCGCAUUCCUAUGGUUUGUGAGGUUAAGAAGGCCGAUCCCUGCCACAGACCGGGCUUUUCGUUUUUGUGCACACGGCUUCGCGUUAAUGGACAUGCCUGUCUAGUUUCCUCCCAUACCUCCUCUCCUAUCACUUUAUUGUGAGACCCGGGCGUUGCGGCAACCAACAGCGCAAGGUCAUGGGUUUUUGUUGGUUUGAUUUUUAUUAUUACAAUGAGGAAAUAAAAAUACAGAAGCUAUACAAUGUAUGUUCAUUUCAGUGAUCGGGGUUUGCGAUUAAACG